UCAUAAAACUUUGAGAAUUCUCAAAAAAAUUCUCAACUCAAGUCUUGAGAAUUACUCAGCUAAGAAUUUUCUUAAAUCGGCCGUCAUAAAACGAUUUGAGACUAUUCUCAGCUGAGUAAUUCUCAAGACUUGAGUUGAGAAUUUUCUCAAGAUUUUUUUCUCGCGAGACUGUUUUCGCGGAUUUUUUUCGCUGAUUGAAGCGGCCCAGCGGAGCUCUUUUUUGUCAAAAGGUAAGAAACAACUUUGGUUACAUGUAAAUAAAUAAAUAAAUUACGUAUACCUAAAUAUUUAUUGUCGUCUGCUUUGUGUAUUGAUAACAAUGGAAGAGAGAAAAGGGAAACGCUCUCAAAACUGGAGCAGUGGGGAAGAGGUGGCCCUAAUAGAGAGCGUCAAACAACGUGCGGAUACGUUGUUUGGGCCUUUUAAAGGAAGUGGGGCGAGGGGAAAACAGAGGGAAAUACGGGAGAGGGAGUGGCAAUGCAUUGCCGACGCUCUGAACUCACAAUUUGAUAGCAAGAGAAGGGAUACACAAGAGGUGAAGAAGAAGUAUUACAACAUCAAAUCAAGAAGCAAAGAGAAAUUAGAUGGGAUGAAGAGACCCAAAACUGGUGGAGGUCCACCACCCCCACCAUUUACUCCUGGAGAGGAGACAUUUCUUCAGCUCUCUAGUGGUGAACCACAUUUGGAAGGCUUGGAGGGAGGGAUAGACACAGAUGCUCCAACAGUCAGUUCCAUCACAGUCCAACUCCCUGAAAAUGCCAAUAAGGAAAAUGUGGAAAGAAAUGCACAAGAUUUAGAUUCUUUGUUUAACACCCAAACAAGACAAGAAGCUGGCACAUCAUCUGUUAGCCACAAGAUAAAAGAAAAGAAAGGUGAAAACAACAGAAGAAAGCGUGAAGAGCUAGAAGAGGAAUAUUUGAAGCUUGAUAACGAAAGAUUACAGCAGGUGAUCCUAAACGCCAAGAAAGAGAGGGAAAUUCUGGACCUCCAGAAGGAAGUUCUCGAGCUGAAGAAGCAGAAGCUUAUGUUGGAUAUUCAAACUAAUUACCCUGAAAUGUUGGUUAACAUCUCAUCAGAACUUUAAUUAUGCUUUUAUUUUAUCUUUAACUCAUAUGAACCAACAGUUCUGAUCACUGUUGUCUGUCUGUCAAGCUGUCUGUCCUUCAGUCUGUUCUUAUUGGGUGUUGUCAUGGUUACUAAAAUAGAAACUUGUGUGAUUUUUUUUUCAAAACAAUUAUAACUCUUCUAAUACAGUUUAAUCCUGAUCUUAACAAGACUGUAAA